AAAAACGCUUCUGUGGCACUCGGUCGUUACCGGCAAUUGUCAUUAUCGUCAUACGUGUGACAAAAAUAGAAAAGCAGAGCGGGAACGGACCCAACCAUGAAGUUUUUAAUAUUUGUGGGACUGAUUGCUGUUCUUAUCGGCUAUGGUUAUCUUAAAUUCGAUGAAUUGACACGUCCACUACCUCUGCCUACCUUCGAUACGAAUAAAUAUUGGGGUCCCGGUGAUGGUUCCAAAUACAAAGAGGAUAAGACAAUUACACCAUUCAAAAUACAAAUUGAUCCAAAGAUUAUUACCGAUUUGCGACAACAACUCAAUAGGACUUUAAAAUUAACAGAGCCCUUGGAGGGUGUUAAUUUCGAAUAUGGUUACAACACUGAAGCCAUGUCACAGGUGGUGACAUACUGGCGAGACUCCUAUCUGACUAAAUGGAAGCAGCGUGAAAUGGUUUUAAACGAAUUGCCGCAGUACACUACUGAAAUACAAGGAUUGAAAAUUCAUUUCAUUCAUGCUAAACCAACUGCGGAAGCACAACAUAAGAAGAAGGUUUUACCCCUGCUUCUUCUACAUGGAUGGCCGGGCUCGGUGCGAGAGUUUUACGAUUUCAUUCCCAUUCUUACUGAACCUGCCGAGGUAACCGAAUAUGUCUUCGAAGUCGUCGCCCCCUCGUUGGUCGGCUAUGGUUGGUCCGAUGCUGCUCGCAAAGUAGGCUUUAAUGCCGCUGAAAUGGCCAUUGUUAUGCGCAACCUAAUGCUUCGUUUGGGUUUUGAAAAAUUUUUGGUUCAAGGUGGCGACUGGGGUUCCAUUAUUGGCAGCAAUAUUGCAACAAUCUUCCCUGAAAACGUUUUGGGCUACCAUUCGAACAUGUGCGUUUUACAAACUCCACUCGCUAUAAUGAAGAGCAUCGUGGCCAAUUUCUACCCAGAAAAAUUCAUACCUUCCCGAUUUUUCACCGAACAUCACUUUCCCCUCUCCGAAAAGCUAAAGUUUCUCCUGGAAGAAAGUGGCUACUUCCAUAUUCAAGCCACUAAACCCGACACAAUUGGCACUGCCCUUUUGACCAGCCCCAUUGGUUUGGCAUCGUUCUACAUAGAAAAGUUCCAAACUGGCAUAAGUCCUGCCCACAGCCAGAGAUUCGAUGGCAUCACCAAAGUAUUCACCAUCGAUGCUAUCUUGGACAACAUUAUGAUAUACUAUUUAUCUAAUACAGCCACCACUUCAGCUCGAUUCUAUAAGGAGAACAUGUCGAAGGCUUAUCGAGAUCUGAAACUGGAACGCGUCCAAUCUCCUGUGCCGAUGGGUUGUGCCCGUUUCCGUUUCGAUUUACCCUCAGUUAUGGACUGGCAGUUGAUGGAUAAAUUUCCGAAUUUAAUUCACAGCAAAUAUUUUAAUCAAGUUGGUCAUUUUGCAGCCUUUGAGGCCCCCGUCAUGCUGUACAUAGACUUUGCAGAAUUUGUCAAUAAAAUUGAAUUCAAAAAAGGUGAAGAUCAAUAGUAAUAUGGAGGUUUUUGGAGUUUUAUACGUUGUUUUUUAUUUAUUUGAAAAUUGUUAAAAUAAAUGUUGUUUAGUUUUGAAUACAAACAGCCUUA